AUGGUUAAUAUAUUAAUGUGGAAUUGCCAAGGGGCAGCAAAACCGUUAUUUCGGAGAAUUCUCAAGGAAAUGAUUCACAAGCACAAACAGCAAGCAAUUGCUAUCCUGGAGACUAGGAUAAGUGGUGAACAGGCCGACAAAACCAUUAACAAUCUUGGGUUCGAAAACUCGUUUAGAGUCGAAGCGCAAGGUUUUAGCGGCGGAAUAUGGAUUCGCUGGAAAGAAGAUACAGAAGUAGAAAUCUUUAGAGUGUCGAAUCAGUUUAUUCAUGGUAACAAGGACGCUUGGGUCCUAGGAGGAGAUUUCAACAGGAUACUGAGGAUUAAUAAAUCUUUUGAGGACUUCGUGUUUGAUGCCGGAGUUCAAGACGUUAAUUUCAUAUGUCCCGAAUUCACUUGGAGUAGAGGCAAUUUGUACCAGAGAUUAGACAGAUUUCUAAUCAACGAAGGUUGGAGCAAACUCUACCCAGAUUCUGUAACCAUCUACCUUGAUAAAAUCGGAUCGGAUCAUCGCCCAAUUUAUCUCCAAACGAAAACCCAAAUGACAGAAAACAAAGACAGACCAUUCCGAUUCUUGGCAGCAUGGUUAGAACAUCCUCAAUUCACGGAAUUCCUAGCUGAAAACUGGGAUAAUAACAACGACUUACUCAUGAACGUGGAGAUUUUCAAGAAGAAAUUAGAGGAUUGA